AUGGCCACUCAAGGCUCGGCCCUCUCUCAGACUCUGGAGAGCAUCACGCUCACCAAGAUCCAGGAGCUCGAAAAGCAGCGAGGCAAGUACGAGACGAAGAAAGCAGACAUUCUUCAGGACGCGGCGGCAUACACCGACCUGAGAUCCCGUAUCGGUCGGCUCGUUCUCGGUGUGAGGGAGAUCUACCCCGAGUGCACUUCGGACCGAGACGUCAAGAACAUCCACUAUUGGCUGAACCAGUCGAUGCAUGACGUUAACGUCCCCGACGAGCUCCUGAAACAGUACGAGGAGGUUCUCAGGUCCAAGCUUGAGGUUCCCAGCCGCAAGUUCGGCCUGGGCCACCUGUACGCCAGCCUUGUCAAAGAAUGGAUGGCCGUGUCCGCCAGGGAGGCCUCGCCGGGCGCAGAGGAGGAGACGUUCGAGGUCAUAGAUCGCCAAAAGCAGCGGCUCCAGGAGCUCUGCGACAAGUUUGAAAAGGUGGUUUUCGAGCCUCUUGAAACGGAUGAAGCGGAGAUUGAGCGUUAUCUGGUCGAUUUGUUUUCGCGAGUGGAUGAAGCCAAAGGACAGAAAUCUCUCGAGUUCUUGAGGGAUUCAAUUGGAAGCUCUUGCUCCGAUGUCUUUGGGGCUGAAGCGCCAUUCGAUACGAAUGUCUUGAAAUGGUGUAUCAAGGGCCUGCUCGCUGAACACUUGAUCAGUGAGGAAAAACAGAAUUUGCUUCGAGGGUUUCUAGAAAAUGAAAUUGUGUUAUCUGAGAUGGUGGAUGUCCUGAACACCAGAUUCUCAGAUAUUGAAACCUGGGAAUGGCAGGUUGGUGAGAAUGGCAUUCCCGUUCUUCCCAGGCAGCAGCUCAAUGGCAAGUACCGAAUUUGGAUUGAUGAAGACGUUCUGCAAGCCUUACUCGUUCACUACAUUGGCACAAAAUUCUGUGUGAAUCUGAAAGAAACACUUACCUCGUUCAUCUUCGACAAGUCCACUUGGAAAUGGCAUGUUGGUCCUCAGCCUCGCUCUUGGGACAGAACCCGCCGUCUCUACUAUCUCAUGGAAGAUGCGCCACAUACAUCAAUCGACAGCAUGAGAACUUCUCAAUACAUUCAAGACUUCUUUACAUGCGCCUUACCAAGCUCUGAGCAUAGUCAAAGCUUUGGGGGCUAUCUCGACGAAGCCCCAGAUGAGACGGAGGAAAAUAAGAAGGGCGGAAAGGGCAACGUCAAGCAACAGUUGCUCCGAACUCUAGCCAGCGAGGCGCUCCUACAUCGUCAUUUGAAGGGAGAAGUAGCCAUGAUCCAGACUGAUCUGGAGUGGUAUGCUACCGGCCUCUCCCACUCCACUAUCUUCUCUGUCAUGCGUUUCUUCGGCUACUCGGACAAAGUGAUCAACUUCUUCACCAAGGUCCUCCGGCCACCUCUCAAUGUUCAGUCCCCAGAGCAUCCUUUCGGAAAGGGCCCUCGUAUCCGACAACGUGGAGUUCCCAUGUCCCAUGCCAUUGAGAAGCUGUUCGGUGAGCUGAUAUUAUUCGUCAUGGAUUUCGCUGUGAACCAGGAAGAUGGAAUGCUGGUUUAUCGCCUGCAUGAUGAUAUCUGGCUGUGUGGAGAACCGGCCCAUUGCGCCAGAGGAUGGCAGGUUAUGGGAAACUUGGCAAAGGUCUUUGGCCUUAGCUUCAACCAACAGAAGACUGGAUCAGUUUAUUUCACUGGGAGUAUGAAAGACCCUGCUGUCGAACAGGUCCUGCCGACGGGAGAGGUUCGCGUCGGGCAUUUGGUUCUUGAUCCCGCAACAGAACGGUGGAAGAUUGAUUACGUCCAGGUAGCUGAACAUGUUGCGCAGCUCAAGAAGCAACUCAAUGCUUGCAAGAGUGUAAUGCAAUGGGUCCAAACAUGGAACAGCUGCAUGGGCCGAUUCUUCAGCCAUACGUUUGGUGAGCCGGCGUUCUGCUUCGGUGACGGACAUGUUGAAAGCAUUCUGAACACAUACAAGGAGAUGCAGAAGGCUCUCUUUAAUGAAGGAAAUGCUACAGACGUUGGUGUUGUUGAAUAUCUCAAGGGUGUUAUUCGAGAUCGCUUUGGGGUCAAUGAUGUCCCCGACGCGUUCAUCUAUCUACCGGAGCAGUUUGGAGGACUGGGCCUCACCAACCCGUUUGUGAGGCUGCUUGAAAUUCGCGAGAGUCUUGAAGAAUCACCACCAGAAAAGAUUCUUCAGGGGAUUAUAGACGAAGAGAAGAAGCAAUAUCUCGAGUCUAAGAAGAACUUCGACGAACAUGAAAACUUUGAACAGCGUGUCGUUCGCUGCGUGCUGAAAUGGAAAGUCAAAGAGUCGUCUUUUCACAGACUCAACGCUAUUGAGCGUGAAUACUUUAUGAGCUUUGAAGAAUAUUCUCGAUUCAGAGAAACCUCGAGCCAGCCACUUGCCACGGCCUACGAGAAACUGACAGGAGUUCCUGACGUGAUAGGACCAAUUUUUGAUGGUGAUGUGGUCAAGAUACUCCACUACGGCGCUGAUAAAAAGCUUCUUGGUGGCGAUUCAAAGAAACGAGAGAUUGGCUGGGCAUUGCAGCUGUACGCAGAUACUCUUCGGCGCGACUAUGGUGGCAUGAGGCUUGUGGACAAGAAACAUCUCCCUCUAGGCGUCGCAACAGUCAUGCGAGGGAAAGCAGUGAAAUGGACUAUGAUUCUAUGA